AGGAAGGAGUGUAAGGAAAAUAUCUUCAAAUCCCAUCAAAUUAAUACUAGCCUCUGCAAGGAGGCAGUACCUCCAUCUUGAAUAAAAAAUUAAUAAAAUAAAUAUAUAAUAACUUUUUAAAAUUUUAUUUAAAUAAAAACCCCUCUAACCAAGGCUCUUCGCAUUAACAAUAAUAUUAUUGGAACUAUAAAGAUUGCCCAUGGACAAAGAUGGUUGUUACACGAAGAUAGUCUUCUUCGUGGCUCUUUUAGGUAUAUUCAUUGUCAUAGCGGAGGCCAAGGGAGGAGGUGGUGUGAAGGAUGGGGAUGGUAUAAGCGUUAUUCCAGCGCCUGAUGAAAAAACUUUUAAUUUAGCAGAUUAUGAUGCCACGGGUGAUGGAGAAACAGAUGAUGUAGAGGCCUUCAUGGGAGCAUUUAGGGCAGCAUGUGAUCAUCCUGGUAAGGCAAGAUUCUUAAUUCCUCGAGGACAAUUUGUUGUUUCACAAGCAGUAUUUGCAGGACCAUGUAAAGGUCCUGGCCCUAUAGUUGUGCAAAUUACAGGAAAUGUGAAGGCAAUACCUGAUAUUUCAAUGUACCCAGAACCUGAAUGGCUGAUCUUUGAGCGUAUUAAUGGUUUAGUGAUUUUUGGUGGGGGUACUAUUGACGGCCAAGGUGCACAAAUGUGGAAAUAUGCUGACUGUAAUCAAAAUUCUAAUUGUGCACGCCUUCCUUCUGUAAGUAAACUGUGA